UAUGCCAUUUAAUGGUACGGCACAAAGAGCGAAAAAUGUUGGUGUAACUGUUAUGUGUUUAGAAUGUGAACGUUGGCGAUUGUUUUAUUCCAAGCAAAAAUUAAAUGAACAAGAAAAAAAGCUCUUAAUUGCAUAUUUGGAUACGAUUGAUUAUUCUUCUACUAAAUCAAAAAAUAGUAAAAAACGUGUUAGUAGUGAAAUUGAAUUAAGUAAUAGUGAACACAGUGAAAAUAACUCUGAAGAUUUAUUAAACCAAAAUAAAACAAAUGACUUGCAAUAUUCAGAUUCAGAAGUUUGGGAAAACCUAUUCUAUAGAAAUGCUGAUAUUAAUAAUGAAUUAACAGAUAACGAAGAAAGUGACGAUUAUGAUAUUGAAGAAUCAGCAAAUAGUGAAAAAA